GUCCGGCGUCACCACGGAAUGCGGAUUCAAAAUUCAAACGCACACGCACUGCCUGCCUCCAUUGAUCCGUCCUCCGCCCUCCCCUGCUGACGUUUUGUCACGGUCGCCGCCGUCCCUGGCCGGCUGGCCCAUCCAUCGGCAUCGCCCAUCCGUCCCGUCCCACUUUUGAACGUUUCAAAGGAGGAUCGGAGUCAGAGCGCAGCAGCACGGCCGCACAGCGCGGGUGCUCUCCCCACCAAUUAAGCUCGUCCAGUGAGCGCGCGUCCACGGCACCUCGUUGCUCUGGCUGCUCCGCCUCCGCCCCCGGCCGUGCGUGCGUCACCCGGUGGAUUUGGUUGCGCACCCAACGGCUCCGCCGGCAUCGUACCGCUUGUUCGCUUGCGAGAUUGUGCGGAGUGGUUGCUGGCCGGCCGCGGCGGUGGCGGGCGGGCGCACCGAUAUAGGUGGCGACCACGACGACCUCGUUGUUUCCCGUCGCUCCUCGUCUCAUCUCGCCAACCCGGCGGCAGAUUCGAUCGGGGGGCAAAAGAAGAAGCUCGGCGCGGCGCCAUGGACGCGCCUUUCUUCCACGAGCUCAGGCGGCAGGCGUCCUCCUACCUCACCGGCAAGAUUCGCUCCGCGCGGCUCGCGCUCACCGACGUCACCCCGACGCAGCUGAUGACGGAGGAGGCGACGAACGGGGACGCGUCGCCGCCCAACGUCAAGACGAUGGGGCUCAUCGCCCGCCAGGCGUUCGAGAUCGACGAGUACGUCCGGAUCGCGGACGUCCUGCACAGGCGCUUCGUGGGCUUCGACCGGCGGCAGUGGCGGGAGGCCUACAAGGCGCUCCUCCUCCUGGAGCACCUCCUCACGCACGGGCCCCGGAGCGUCGCGGCCGAGUUCCAGAAGGACAGGGAAGCCAUCGCCCGGAUGGCCACCUUCCAGUACAUCGACGAGAAGGGCUUCAACUGGGGCUUGACGGUGAAGAGCAAGUCGGAGCGCGUGCUCAAGCUGCUGGAGCGGGGCCCGUUCCUGGAGGAGGAGCGCGAGCGGGCGCGCAAGAUCGCGCGCGAGAUCAAGGGCUUCGGCAGCUUCAACCUCAGCAGCGCCUCGCGUGCCGUCGCGCAGCCGCCAGCUGACGACGGCGGCCGCGGGUACGGCCGGAGCAACUCGCAGUACGAGGAGCGGUGUCUGCGCGACGACGGCGGCCGCGGCUACGGCAGGAGCAACUCGCGGUUCGAGGAGCGGUGGAAGCGAGAGGACGGCGAUGAGGGUGACAAGGAGAACCUGGUGACACUGCCGGAGCCGCCGCGGGUCGCACGGGAAGUGGAGGCGGAGGAGCCGCACCACCGCCACCCCUUCCACGGGUUCGGGCAGCAACCGCCAGAGGCGAUGCUGCUCCUGAGCCAGUGAAACGAACCGUGCGCAAGAACUAGCCUUUCUCGCUUCUGUCAGUAGUUUGCUGGCACUGCUGAAACGAACCGUAAUGCUUGGGCACUCUCAAGUCUGUCUGAACUACUCCUAGAUGUUUAUGUUCUCAUGGUUCCUGUUCGGCAUGGCAUGCUUCGCCAUGAAUCGCUCUCCAGCCUUGUAAAUUUCUACCCUUCCAGUCAGCUCUGAUGCUGUGAUGUACUACUAGAGAACAUACGAACGAGUCUCAAGCUUGUGGCAAAGCUCUAAUUUGUGUGAGAUUACGAAGAUCUAAUUGGCCAGCAA